CAGUCAGAGGAGUGUUGUCGCGGCGGUAUUGUCCUACUCAGUUAUCACUAAGUUUGACUGUUAUGAAAAUGACACAAAUCUUCCUUACUGACAUUUUGUAGCAUCGUUUACAAAGGAACAUUUCGAAGAGUGUAUCGCUUAGAAUUGCCGUUGUAAAAGGACAGGAGGCAAGUUAAAUGUCUCCCACUGGACCCUGGGUCAACACUAAGUUCCAGGAUAGCGAGGAAGACGCCGACCCCACCACGUCCGUGACGGUCCGUGGCGUCCACCCUGGCUGACCAUCCCUCACCCAUUUCCAUGGUAACGACGUAACCAGAGUAAUACCAUGACAACAACGCCAUCCAUUGUAAUCAUGGGUCAUCUUGGCCUGGCCUGUGAAGGCGACAGUGUGGAGCACAUGCUGGCAGAUCACCCCACCUACCUCGAGUCCUUCUCCAGGCUCCACCACGAGCUGUUGUCUGGUGAUGGACCCCUACCACAAUCCCUCCGUCGAUACGUCGCCAUCAUGGCAGCAUGUCGACAUGACUGCAGCUACCUGGUGGAGGAGCAGAAGACAGCCUUUUUAGAAGCUGGUGGCCCUGAGGAGUGGCUCCAGGGCCUUCAAUAUGCUCCCAAGAAACUACAGGAUCUUCACCACACUAACUUGGUCCUGGCACACCAACCCUGGCUCUAUGAUAAACACCACGUACAGAAACUGGUGAAGAGUGGUUGGUCAGUUAGUGAGAUAGCACACGCUAUUUGUAUAAUGGCUCAAUUCCAUGCAUUGUCAUCCUAUGUGCACGGGUGUGGUAUUGAGGCUGCAUCUGGUGAAAUAGAAGUGUACUCCUCACCAUUUGUUCAGGCAUGUUCUUCAGGGUCACCCAGUAGUCGAGAGUUAAGUGAAGGAGGAGUAGAUAUUCUUCUUGAACGCAUGAAAUCCCUUACACUCUCUCAUUCAGAUUAUUCUUGUAUUUCUGAAGAAUUAACAAGAGAAAGUUUUGAAAAGCUCAAGAAGCAGACAGCCAACAUUUCAACUCCAGAAGUGGAGUGCACCAAUGCUGCUCAUUCCCGGUAUGGCCACUUGUCACCAGAUCCAGAGUUCAUGUAUGUAGACUUUCACAAGAGAGGAGAGAAGUCACCUGUCCCCACACUCAAAUCACAGGAUUGUUCAUGGGAAGAACAUGGCUUCUCACUUGUCAGUGAGUUGUACAAUGAAGUUGGUGAUCUUUUAGAUGACAAGUUCAAAACUGCUUAUAAUCUAACAUACUACACUUGUGGCCACAAGUUGCAUGUGGAUACGUUCCUAUUCCGUCGUGGGGUGUGGAAUUACCUGCACUGCUUGUAUGGUAUAAGACAUGAUGAUUAUGACUACAGCCAGAUAAACCAGCUGCUGGAGAGAAAUCUCAAGAUGUUUCUGAAAACUGUUGCCUGUUACCCAGAGAAGUUAUCAUGUGGAGAUGCUGCCUCAGCCAUUAUGAAGGGCUUCCUGCAGAGUGAAAAAGCCCAUGUGAUGAUUCUUGUCCUGGAGGCACGUCUUCAGGCAGAGCUGCUUCAUGGUCUUCGAGCCCUGGGUCACUAUUUGAUGUGAGGCGACCAUUCUCAUCCCAUGCAUUUCCACUAUUCACCAUUGUUCCUGUAUAAUUUUUAAUGUAAAAAAUUUUACUCUGUGGCUUAUGGUGACAAUUUAAGUGAUAUAUUUACUUGUAAAUUAUGAAAAUAAUGGAAGUGGGAAAUAUGGUGUCAAUGUAUGAAGUGUAAAAAUAUGUUAGCAGUGUGCCUCGCAUCUUCCUAUUCUCUAAGUUGUGUGGACUUGGUGAAGAGUACGGACGUGUAAUGAUGUUGAUACUUUUAUUUUACUUAAAUAAUUGUGAAUGUUGUCAGGAUAAGCAAAAUGAAAUAUGAUAAUAAGAAUUUGAAAUACAGGUAAUAACAUUGCAUAAAAUAUAAUGGCUUAAGUCAGAGUGAAAGAAACAUUAAUGUGACAAAUAGAACUUGAAAUCUUUUAUGAAAUUAAAGUUUUCUAAAUUAUGAAAAAAGAGAAAAAGAAAAUUUAACAAUGAAAGGGAAGUGUUCAAUAAUAAUUUGCAGUAAACAGUAUGUAAAGCCUUGUGAACAAUAAAUUAAUCUGCACAAAAUGUGUAGCUAUGGACAGUGGAGGGAAGUGUUUCAUAUGGGAGAAGAAACUCACAUUUUGUCAAGUUUUGGUGGCAAGUUGCUUAGAUCCUUCCACUAUGUCUUCAGACCCCUUGAAGAAUGUCUCUCAAGGAUCCUAGAUCUGCUGCCAAGACUUAUGUAAUUUGUAUAUAUUUGUAUAAUUGGAAAUUCAGGAUACACAUAUAUUCACUUGUAGGACGUCAUAUGCUGUGAGCCGCAAGUAGUUGGCAUUAUGUAAAGUAUUUCCCUGUCCUCACUUCUGUGCUUGAAACUGUAAGAUACUUGUUUACUUUAAGUAGAUUUUUGCAUGGAGAAUCUUGGAUUGAUGGUACUUGGACUGUUAGAUUCUUUGACUGGAGGUUCUGGGACUAUACAGUAGUUCUGUAACCUGAAAGUUCUUGAAUUAUAUAGUCUUUGAAGGUUCUUAGGCUGAGAGUUUUUGGACUAAAGGUACUUGACCAUUGAGUUCUUUAAAGGUUCUUCAACUACAGUUAUAUGACUACGGGUUCAUGGACUGAAGUCUAUUUUUACGAUUUUGAAUGGAGGUUCUGGGAUUAAUGCUCUUGGCAAAUUUCAUGGAGGUUCUUAGGUUGUAGAUUGUUUGAUUUGAAGUUCUGUGAAGGUUGUUAGAAUGUAGAGUCUUUAACUGAUACUUUUUUUUAAGUUUCGUUGACAGAGAUUCUUAGAUUGAAGGUUCUUGGAUUUUAUAAUUGUGUACUAUAGGUUGAUGGGCUAAAGAUUCAUGGAUGUAGGUUCAUAGACUGGAGAUUCCUGGAUUGGAGAUUUUGAACUUAGGCUCUUAAAUACUUUUUUGCUGCAUUGAAAGUUGGUCAGCUCAAAAGUGUUUCGAAGAGGUCUACUUAACAAGAAUUCUCUGUCAAUAUCUUCGUGCAAAUAUGUCUGCACUAAAUUGUCCCUGAAAAAGUGACAUUUUGUACAUUAUCUAUUGCUAAAUACUUUUUUUUUUU